GGCAGUCGCCCACCCGUGACGGCCACUGGCAGCCUUGGGACACACCACCAUCACUGCUUGCCCACAGCCCACAGGGACCCGCAGCCACAAGGGCCAUGCAGAUCCUGACGUGCCCGGCCCAUUUGCAGCGCCUGGAGGCCGCCCUGCGCAGCAGCCUGCCUCGUGCCCUGCCGGUGUACGGGGCUGUGCUGAACAUCAACCGUGGCAACCCUGGGGACUUCGAGGUGGCAGUGGAUGCCUGGCCCAACUUCGGUGCUGUGCUGGCGCGGCAGAGAGGAGAGGCGCCGCGGAAUGACAGCUACAGGAACCUGUGCAGCGCCUUCUACUGGGAUGUGGGUGCCUACCGCGCCCUGCUGGAGAGCCCGGGCUGCCUGCGUUGGGACUCCGCUUUCCACAUCUUCGGGCUGCAGGAUGGCGUGCUGACGGUGUCCCAGGACAUUGCAUUGGCCAAGGGCAUAGACCUGGAGGUGACUGAGUACUACACCUACCUGCACACCGACCCCAGCACUCUACCAGAGCCACAGCUGGACCCUGACCUGCAGCUGGGCACACUGAGCCCGGCGCACGUGGAGCUGCUGGACUCAACGUGGGCAUACGGGGGGAACGCGUGGAGCCGGCGCUACCUGGGGGAGCUGCUGCGCCGGUUCCCCAACCUAUGCCUUCAGGACCCGGCCGGGGAUCUCGUGAGCUGGAUGCUGAGCGACGGCUUUGCAUCCGGAGCGCACGGCUACACGGUGCCCUCCCAGCGGGGCCGCGGACUGAUGCGGGCGCUGACGAUCAUAGCUGCCCGGCGGGCGCACGGCCGCGGCUUCCCGAUGUAUGGCCACACGGCCGUAGGGAACCGGGGGAUGCAGCGGCUGCAAGAGAAUUUGGGGUACCUCCGGCUGCCGGGGCUGUGCCGCUUCGUGCUGCACAACCCUGCGCUGGCGCGGACUGCGCCCUGAGUGCCCCCCGGGGAGAAAUGUGUGAAUAAAAGCAAACGAACCGAAAAGA